ACUGAGGCUCGAGGACUGGGUGGGGAGAGGAGGCAGAGGCCUUCCGCCCCCCAGCUGCGGUUUCCCCCAAACUUCCGCCCCAGACCUGCUCUUCCCAGCAUCAGCCUGAUACCACCUCUCCACCCCGCCUGCCUCUCCGGCUCCUCCCGGGGACUCUUCUAAGUCCUAGGGGGAGAAGCCAGGGCAGUUAGACUCCUUUUGUUUGUUUGCUUGUUUGUUUCGAAGACAAGUUCUCACUCUGUAUUCCAGUCUGGCCUGAACUUCAUUAUAUGGCCCAAGCUGGCCUCGAACUCACGGCAAUCCUCCUGCCUCAGCCUCUCGGGUGCUGAGAUGUCAGGCGUGCGCUCCCACGCCUGGCCCAGGCUGCUUAAUUUUACUGAAAUUUUCUUCUGUCCACUGGUCGGUGCAGGUCUCCCAGCCGGACUCUUUCCCAAGCCUUCUAGGCCGAGGCCCGCGCUCUGCGUCCAGGUCCCCCUCCCGGCGGGGGCGGCGCCGUGACGCGCGGGGCGGGAGCAGGAAGGGGGUGUCGCUGACGCCGCGGCGGCCUCCGGCGGCUCCGGCCUUUUGUGCGGGCCGUGGGGUCCGGUGGGGGCGGCGGCCGAGCCAGGCGAGGCCCGGGAGGCCCAGCUCAGCGCAGCCGGCCGGGUCCUGCCCUGCAGCCAGGGCGCCGCAUCCAUGUUCGACACCACACCCCACUCUGGCCGGAGCUCACCAAGCAGUUCCCCAUCUCUUCGGAAACGGCUGCAGCUUUUGCCCCCAAGCCGGCCUCCACCUGCUCCUGAGCCAGAACCAGGCACCAUGGUGGAGAAGGGGUCUGAUAGCUCCUCAGAGAAGGGGGGCGUGCCUGGGACCCCCAGCACCCAGAGCCUGGGCAGCCGGAACUUCAUCCGCAACAGUAAGAAGAUGCAGAGCUGGUACAGUAUGCUGAGUCCCACAUACAAACAACGCAACGAGGACUUCCGGAAACUGUUCAGCAAACUCCCCGAGGCAGAGCGCCUCAUCGUGGAUUACUCCUGCGCCCUGCAGCGGGAGAUCCUCCUCCAGGGCCGCCUCUACCUCUCCGAGAACUGGAUCUGUUUCUACAGCAACAUCUUCCGCUGGGAGACCACAAUUUCCAUCCAGUUGAAGGAAGUGACCUGUCUGAAGAAGGAAAAGACGGCUAAGCUCAUCCCCAAUGCCAUUCAGAUCUGUACUGAGAGUGAGAAGCAUUUCUUCACCUCCUUUGGGGCCCGUGAUCGCUGCUUUCUCCUCAUCUUCCGCCUCUGGCAGAAUGCGCUGCUUGAAAAGACACUGAGUCCCCGAGAGCUUUGGCACCUGGUCCAUCAGUGCUAUGGCUCGGAGCUGGGCCUUACCAGUGAAGAUGAAGACUAUGUUUGCCCCUUGCAACUGAAUGGUCUUGGGAGUCCCAAAGAGGUAGGAGACGUGAUUGCACUCAGCGACAUCACCCCCUCAGGGGCGGCUGACCGCAGCCAGGAGCCAAGCCCUGUGGGUUCAAGGCGUGGCCGGGUCACCCCGAACCUCUCCCGAGCCAGCAGUGAUGCAGACCAUGGGGCCGAGGAGGACAAGGAGGAACCGACAGCCAGUCAGCUGGAUGCUUCCUCCAGCCAGACAGUGACCCCAGUAGCAGAACCUCCAAGUACUGAGCCGGCCCCACCAGAUGGGCCCACGUCCCUGGGCCCCUUGGAUCUGCUGUCCAGAGAGGAACUAUUGACAGACACGAGUAACUCAUCUUCAUCCACUGGGGAGGAAGGUGAUCUGGCCGCCCUGCUUCCCGACCUCUCUGGCCGUCUCCUCAUCAACUCCGUCUUCCACGUGGGUGCUGAGCGUCUCCAGCAGAUGCUCUUCUCGGACUCGCCAUUCCUCCAGGGCUUCCUGCAGCAGUGCAAGUUCACAGAUGUGACCUUGAGCCCCUGGAGCAGCGACAACAAGUGCCACCAGCGCAGAGUCCUGACCUACACCAUCCCCAUCAGCAACCCGCUGGGCCCAAAGAGCGCCUCCGUGGUGGAGACGCAGACGCUCUUCCGGCGCGGCCCACAGGCAGGUGGGUGUGUGGUGGACUCCGAGGUGCUCACCCAGGGCAUCCCGUACCAGGACUACUUCUACACUGCCCACCGCUACUGCAUCCUGGGUCUGGCCCGGAACAAGGCCCGGCUUCGUGUGUCCUCAGAGAUCCGCUAUCGCAAGCAGCCGUGGAGCCUCGUGAAGUCUCUCAUCGAGAAAAACUCCUGGAGUGGCAUUGAAGACUAUUUCCACCACCUGGAGCGAGAACUCGCCAAGGCAGAGAAGCUGUCCCUGGAGGAAGGUGGGAAGGAUGCUCGUGGACUACUGUCAGGCCUCCGGAGGCGGAAGCGGCCCCUGAGCUGGAGAGGGCACGGAGACGGGCCUCAGCACCCAGACCCGGACCCCUGCACCCGGGCCAGCAUGCACACCUCAGGUUCCCUCAGCUCUCGCUUUUCGGAACCAUCCAUAGAUCAGGGCGCCGGGGCAGGCAUCCCCAGCGCCCUGGUUCUCAUCAGCAUUGUGAUCUGUGUGAGCCUCAUCGUCCUCAUUGCGCUCAAUGCCCUCCUCUUUUACCGUCUCUGGGCUCUGGAGAGAACGGCCCACACCUUUGAGUCCUGGCACAGCCUGGCACUGGCCAAGGGCAAGUUCCCCCAGACAGCCACGGAGUGGGCCGAGAUCUUGGCUCUGCAGAAGCACUUCCACAGUGUCGAGGUUCACAAAUGGAAGCAGAUCCUUCGAGCCUCCGUGGAGCUCCUGGAUGAGAUGAAGUUCUCCUUGGAGAAGUUACAUCAAGGAAUUACCGUCCCGGAUCCUCCUCUGGACACUCAGCCACAGCCUGAUGAUAGCUUCCCCUGAGGGAACUGAAAAGGGGAAGGGUACCGAAAAGCCGUACCCCCAAAUGGACAGAAGGACACACGGAACCCUGGCAGCCACUGCUGGCACGGUGUGAACGCCGCCGGGAGGUUCCCGCCUGCCCCUCCCAGUGGCGCCGCCAAGAGCCACACAGACCUGGGGACCAUAGAACCAAGAUGCACUUUAGAUCUGUGUGUGCAAAUCCAGCUGCCACUGCCUGCUCAGCCAGGGAGCUGGCCUGGCCUUUGGCAGGCUCUUUCCCCCCAACUAACUUAUUUUGCCCAGCUGGGGUUGUGGGGGGCACCUUUUGGGGUGCACGAGACCCUCAUCUCUGGGUUUAAUGUAUUAUAUUUAUUUGGGGAUGACAGCCUCAAUAAAGGGUUGGAAAUGGC